AUGUCAUCUUACACCAUCUCCGCCGAGGCAACUCGCAUCCUGAACGACGUCUUACUUGCCGACCCUGGCCUCAAUCUCCCACCUUCCUUCAAAGACGCCGCCAAGAAAGUCAAAUUCGUCGCAGACGACGACAAACCAUUCGUCCUCACCCCGUUGAAGAUCACGGAGUCAUGCGCCUCUCUUACAGCCCUCCUGGCCACAGCAGCCAACGUCGCCGCCGCGGAGAGGUACGGCAUCGAGCUCCAGGAUGUCCAGGUGAACACCGACGCCGCGACUUUGUUCCUGGAAUCCGUCUUGCUCCCCAGAGUCGGCGGCAAGUCGUUCGUGCAGCAUCCCCAGAUGAUGAAGGAGCUUUCCAAGAUGGAUCUGCACCGGAUGUCUGACCCUAUCAGACGGUACGCGACCAAUGUGUACCAGACGAAGGAUGGGCGGUGGUACCACCUGCACGGGUCCAUGAACGCCGAGCCCACGAUGAAGAUGAUGGAUGUGAGUGAUGACGACGUUAGCCCAGAGGAGGCGAUCAAGAUCUACAGCGACAAGGUCGCCCAGUGGGAUUCCAAGGAAAUCGAGCAGACUGCCAAUGAGCAGUACAAGCAAGCUGGUGUAAUUUGCUACACGCCCGACGAGUUCUUCAGCAGUGAGCAUGGCAAGAUCCUGUCAAAAGAGUCGUUGUGGAGCGCCAGCAAGAUCCCGGCACCGCGGAAAGGCUGGCCUGAGGUAAAGGACCAAUCUGGCUUCAAGCCUCUCGCCGGCAUCAGAAUCAUCGACUUUUCUCGCGUCAUCGCAGGCCCGGCCGUCUCCAAGCUCUUGAGCCUUCUUGGGGCUGAUGUUCUCCGGGUGUCCUGUGACAAGCUGCCCGAGUACGCACCGACAAUGGUAGACCUUCAGACGGGGAAGAGGGACACCAACCUGGAUCUCAGGACGGACGAGGGAAGAAGCGCGUUUGCGGAACUUGUGAAGGACGCGGACAUUCUUGUAGACGGGUACCGCCCUGGGGUGUUGAAGAAGCUGGGGUUUGACAGUGCCACCUUGCGCAAGCUCAGUCCCUGUCUCAUCUACAUGCGGGAGAACUGCUACGGCUUCAAGGGCCCGCUCGCCCAUCGAUCUGGGUGGCAGCAGAUCAGCGAUUGUUUGGUGGGCUUGUCGUAUCUGCAAGGCAAGUUCCUCGGACUUGACGAGGCCGUGGUUCCAUUGCUUCCCAACUCCGACUACCAGACUGGACUGGUGGGUGCCACGGCUGCUGUCCAAGCCUUGCUGGCGCGCACGAAAGACGACGUCACCUUUGACAUUGACAUCAGCCUGACCCAGUACAACAUCUGGUAUUAUCAGCUUGGCUUAUAUUCCGAGGACCAGCAGUGGGAGCUACGUGCCCGCGACCCUGAUUUUCUACCACGCCAUUCCGAUGACAUGAGCAUCCUCGUUGGGAAGACGCACGCAUCGUGGCAGAAGAUCCGUCCCGAUCUCUUCACACACCCUGAGUACUUCUGGGACAUGUCCGGGAAAGAGUAUGGUCUUGAGGAUGACAUCAAGGUUUUAGCACCCUCAUUCAAAUUCUCAUCAACCAAACUCGGGUGGGUUGUGCCGACAGGAAGAAGGGGUCGAUCGAAGCCUGAAUGGGUGUCUUAA